ACAAAUUUCUAGGCAAGAAGACGGAAACCUGAAUAAUACUCUCAAACGCUGCAAUUGCAAACGUAGCAGUAGCCGAACAUUAAUGGUUGCUUAGUCGCACCUUUUCAUUUGACCAAACCCCCUCUCUCUUGUCCCGACACAGUCAAUAAACAGGCCCUGAACCCCUCUCAUCAUCUUCCUAUUGGAUCACAUUUAUAUAAAGUCAUCCACAACUGUGAGAUUGAACAUUAGAGCCUUCCAAAAUGGAGAAACAACCCAAAUCUAAGAACAAUAUCUUGAAAUUUCUACCUAAAGCAGCUUCUGCAGUUUACUUCCAUAAUCCUCCUUUCAGUCCUAAUAGAGAUAGAAGAUCGGAUAAUAAUUACUGCCACAGGCUUAAAGCUCAUGUCGGUAAAGGAUUUUCCGGUCCAUUUGUUUCUAUGAUUCCCGAUGAAGUUCGUCGGAAGCCCAAGAAUGGAAGUUUUGAGACCCAAGAACCCACCUCGCCUAAGGUGUCAUGCAUUGGCCAAAUCAAGCACAAGAAGAAGAUGGUGAAUAAGACGAAGCGAACUUCUCCUCCUAAAGAAAUAAAGGCUGUAUCUUCUCCACGGGACGUGAAAAAACAUGCAUCCAAGUUUAAGAGGCUGUUUAGUAUUAGUGCAAAACCAACUGCUGGAAGGAGAUCUGAUGCUUCUAUCUAUGAUAGGCCACCACUUUCUGAUAGAGCGCCUUCUUUGGGUCAAAUGAAGCGGUUUGCGAGCGGUCGCGAUACUUUUUCGAAUUUUGAUUGGACGGCUCAGAUUACACCGGUGGAAUCAGAUCACCGAGAUUAUUCUUCUGAUGAAGAUGACAGAAUGUAUUGUCAUCAAGGCGAAGAAGAUGAGGUGAUCAUUCCUUUCUCCGCUCCUAUGCUAAUCGGUUCCGGUGCGGCGUUGCAACCGAGGAAAGAAGUUAAUCUAUGGAAGAGAAGAACCAUGAAUCCACCUAAACCUCUUCAAUUGAAUUUAGGGGUCAGAACAACUUGAAUUGCGUACAAUUUUCUUCCUUUUUUUUGUUUUUUUUUUUUUUUAAAUGUAAGUUAAUAUUUGGUUCUUUUAUUAUAUUUUUGUAAUCUUAGAAUAGAGCAGCACAUAGUCAAAAUACCCAUACCCUUAUUUGCACAAAUUUUAUGAUUAAAUUUGUACGAAUUAUAUAUUCAGCGUAGACAUGUAUUUUUCUGAAAUUAAUAUGUAAAAUACAUAGAUUUUAUUUAUGUGUAUACCAUUAUUACUCUUUGAAUUUCAGAAUUAAGUGUUCUUGUUC